AUGCCAAGACUAUAUAAACGAAAGUUAGGAUCUCGAAGAUAUCGGGAUUAUACAGCUGAAAAACUUGAAGCUGCAAUUGAAGAUGUUCGAAAUGGAAUAUCAUAUAGACAGGCUGGGGAAGCCCAUGGAAUUCCUUUCAGAACGUUGAAAAAUAAAAUAGAUAAAAAGCAUACAAAAAGAGCUGGCGGUCAAACUAUAUUUUCCGAAGAGGAAGAACUGCAAUUAGUAAAAUCUUUAAAAGUUUGUGCAGAGUGGGGUCAGCCUAUAACUACUCUUGAGAUCCGCAUGAUAGCCAAACGGAUGUUGUCCCUUCAGGGCAGAGUGAUCAAGCAAUUCCCAAAUAAUAUACCAGGUUGUGAUUGGGUUGCAAGCUUCAUCAGCAGGCAUAAAGCUGAUAUUAGACUAAGGUCAGCUGCAAACAUAAAAAGGUCCAGAGCUGAAAAGACAAAGUGUGAAAUGACUAAUUAUUUUGAUAAUCUUAAAUUAUCUUUGAAAGAUAUUCCCAAUACCUGCAUUAUCAAUUAUGAUGAAACGAAUCUUGGGGAUGAUCCGGGAAAAAAGAAAUUUAUUUUCAAAAGGGGAU